CGAAGAAAGAAGUAAAAAUGACGAAACUAUUUGCCCUGUUGUGUCUUCUCAUGAGUUCAGUAUUGACGGUGGGCCACUGCUGGGAUUCGGAAGGUGACGUCAUCGUGAAAGACGGCCACCGUGUUGUUGUGGUGGAGUACGACGGAGACGGCAAAACCAACACUAGAGUCUUGAUUUCACCGCCGGGAAAAGGACGGGAAGGAGAAGAAGAAUCGAAGGAAGAGAAGAGAGGAGACGAAAAACAAGUGUUUAGAAAUGCCCAAGAAGCUAAGAGAGGGGUUAAUGAAAUGGCCACGAAGAAGGCUCAAAACGUUUGGGAGAAGUCAAGGAUCACGGUGAGGCGGUUAGGCACGGCUGUUGCGGAGGCGCUGAAGCUGACGAAGAUCGGAAGCGUGGUGAGUCUGAUCGGGAUCGCGGCAGCGUACGGGAUGUGCGUGUGGGUGACGGUCGUCUCGAGGUACGUGAUGGUUUCUGUACUUGGGAGGAAGCAGUUUGGUGUGGUGCAGACCAAGGUGUAUGCGGUUUACUUCAAAGCAAUCUCUGUAGCGAUUCUUAUUGGGUUGCUAGGACACGUCAUCGGCCGGCGCCGGAAGGUUAUUACCGAUGCGGUGGAGAUGUGGCAGGUCGUUAACCUCUUCUCUUCCAUACUGUUGGUGGAAGCUAAUGCGUCAUUUGUUGAGCCACGAGCCAUCAAGACAAUGUUUGAGCGGAUAAAAGUUGAAAAAGAAGAAGGAAGAGGAGUUGACACGUCCGAGUCACAUUCCAGUGAAGCUGCAGCUCAAACCUGUGGUAAGAAGGUUAGAGAGAAGACGAUGGAUGAGGAUGGUGUGAAUCAUAAACUAACGAAGCUAAACGAAAGGUUGAGUAGGUUAAAUGCGUACUCAUCGCGACUGAAUUUACUAACUCUAAUGUCUCUUACUUGGCACUUUGUGUAUCUCGGCCAUCGACUCAGCCUCACUUAUUGAGAUAUCUCGGUCAUCGACUCAGCCUCACUUAUUGAGGGAUCAAAGAGCCACCGCACGAGAUUUAUAGUUGUUUUUGUAUUUUAUUGGUUUAAUGUGUGUAUGUUACAUAUCAGAAGUUCUGAUAUUGACAUUUAAGAUAAUUAGCAUGUUUCGAUGGACUAAUCGGUGAAAA